AUGGUGAGCGGUGUAAACCGCACUAAUGUGUUCCUCCAGGAGGUUGCGCGCAACUCUCCGGUGGCGGCCUCGUCGGCAUCUCCGUCGGCGGAGCCAUCGCAACUCGAGGUUGACGCCCAGCGUUUGAGCGUGGAGCUGUCGAAAUGCGGCAUGAAACUGUCCGAGCUGACGGCGCUGGCGCGCAAGCGCAGCAUCUACGUGGACCACACUGCGGAGAUUGAGCGUCUGACUGGGGAGGUAAAGGAGAGCAUAACGGCCGCGUCCAACCGUAUCGACGCCUUCGAGUCUCGCAUGAACAGCGUGCGCCACAAGAAUGAGCACAUGCGCCAGCAUUACGAGAACCUGCUCGGCUCCCUGCGCAAGGAGCUGUGCGAGCUGACGAAGAGCCUGAAGGACGCGCUUUACCAGCGCGCCCAGAUCAUGAUCCAGCAGGAGUCGCGUCGCAAGAUGUACUCGCACAGCGACCUGGACCGCAACGCCAUGUCGUCGGGCUACGGCCGUCGCCGCUUCACCAUGCAGCAGCCCGACGAGGGCGGCCAGCAGUUCGACAUCGAGAGCGGCGAGCUGGAACGGCCCUCGCGCUCUGUGAUUGCGGACGCCAAGGCGGAGGCGCUCGCCAACGUGCAACGCGCCAUCAGCGAGCUCACCCAGAUCUUCCAGCGCGUGACCACGAUGGUGACGCAGCAGGACGAGAUGAUCCAGCGCAUCGACGCGGACACCGAGGAGUCACUCAACAACGUGAUAUCAGCCCAGAACGAGCUGUCCCGCUACUACAAGCGCAUCUCGAGCAAUCGCACGCUGCUACUGAAGAUCUUCUUCAUCCUGGUGGCAUUUGUCAUAAUAUACAUCGUGUUUCUGAUGUAA